AAAAAGUUGGUAAGAAUGGCACAUGCUGUUGUGCGUGUUGUUGAGCGCUGCGAAAAUGCGCAAGAGAAUGAGUCAUUAGAUUUAUCGGAGUGCGAAUUGGUACAGAUUCCUGAUGCUGUUUAUCAUUUGAUGCGCAACACUCAGCUGAAAACUUGCGAUCUGAGCAGCAAUGUCAUCAAAAAGAUACCGGGCAAAUUCGCUUUGAAAUUCAGUUUGAUUACAGAUCUUAACCUUUCACACAAUCAAAUGGCCAAAUUACCCGAUGAGCUGGCCGAUCUCAAUGCCUUGGCGCGCUUAAAUAUCUCCCACAAUUCGUUUAUUGUGCUGCCACCAGUUGUGUUUAAAAUGCCUAAACUGCGUGAAUUGGACGCCAGUCACAAUGCCAUUAUAGAAAUCGACACUGAUGAGAUGAUCACAAGCGAUAACUUGGAGUUGGUUGAUUUGAAACACAAUCCCUUGGGUCGCACCUGCCAUCGUAAAUUGAAGAAUGCCAGCACACCAUUCCGCAUUGAAAUUUCCGAAUAUAAUGAGGACGAUGACUGGUAGACUAGCGCAUGCGCAAUUUUUUACACAAACAAAACAAAAAAAAAACGAUAGUUGUGAAUGCAGUCCAAAGAGAGUGAUUCUCAAUACUUAGCUCAAAUUAAAAUGAGGCAUACAGUUAGCUUAGUUAUAUGUAACUAAGAGUAUGUUACCAACUAUUUUUAUACACAAACAUACAGAAUAAUCAUGACUAACACGAAUGCAGCAGGUCUGAAGCUUAGAAGUGCAUUAAAGCGUUUGUCACUCACAUAGAAUAUUAAUCGGGAAUGGAUGUUGAUUUGAAAUUUUAAGCGCCAAAGGGUAAUUUGUUUGAUAGUCAACAUUGCCAACUUUGACAAGGAAAAUGCAUCAAUCAGCUGGUGCCAAUUUUUGUAAACCACUUUUGUUCAACAAAGAAAUGAAGCUGGUAUAAUUAGAGAAGAGGACAUCAAAAGGCAAAGCUUGAGGGAAAGAAAACAUGCUCUGAACUAGUCACAAGGUACUAGAUAUUCGAGUUUGUGUGAGCGCGCAAAUGGACUCAAAUUUUCACAUAGCAUAUUCUAAAAAGUUUCUAUUUUCAAAUAAAAACUCUUUCUUGCAUUUGGAAUCGGAAGAGUUUUUUGAAGCAUAAAUACCAAAGAUACUUACAUAAAUACUUACCUACUGACCCCUUAGAAAUAAGUCACGAUUUUUGUACCCAUUAAGAUAAGUCAAAUCGCAAAAAAAAUUGUAGUGUUAAGUUUCCUGAAUGUGAUUUCUAUGCUAAAAUAUGUAAGUUUUAAUCCAUUAAUUUUAGUUUAGUAUUGAGUAAUAUAAAGCGAAAAGUGUUAAAAAAGAAUAACGAAUUUAGAUGUUAAGCUGUUUGUCUGUGAAUAUUGUAAAUAUUUUUUAAGUUUCUCAGCCAA